GUCUGUUUUUAUCUGGGUUUUUUCACCCGUUUCAUUGACUGAAUACCCGUGUUUAGUUUGAGGCCAGCUCCUGACCUGCAUGCGGAGCUGCGCGACUUUGUGCUGAAGUCGAGCCGUGCAGCUGAUGGUCUUUACAUUUCAAACGCCUGGAAGCUUCUCUUUGUCCAGUUUGUAAAGGAUAGGUAGCGAAAUCUGACCUGAACCGAAAGAUCUCACCUCGUCUGUCAUCAUGAAGACGGACAUCCCCUAUAACCAGUUGGUGGAUGCAGAGGGGAGGAGGCAGGAAUCCUGCCGGAGAGCCCAGAUGUGUUUGAUCGCUCUGGCCUGCGUGGCCUGUGUGCUUCUUGCUGCCAUGAGCCUCUAUAACAUCGUGACCCUGCCAUCCUCCUCCUACCAUCACCAUCCCACCUCCAUCACCAGCUGCCUUCAGGAGAAGGUUGAGUCCUGCUCAGACCCCUGCAAGAUUGUUCUGGUGGAAAGCAUCCCCGAGGGGCUGGAGUUCAACUCCAGCACAACCAACCCCUCCAUCUUCCAGGCGUGGAUCAAUCUGAUGAGCGAGGCGCGCAGCAGCGUCGACAUUGCCUCCUUCUAUUGGACGCUCACUAACGAGGACACCGGCACUCAGGAACCCACAGCAUCUCAGGGGGAGGAAGUGUUGAAGAGGCUCGCUGAACUCUCCGGGAAGCUUCAUGUUCGGAUUGCGGUCGACACGCAGGAGGGUAAACCACAAGCUGACCUCAAACUGCUCAACGAUUCAGGAGCCGACGUCAGGACCGUUAACAUGAGGGCGCUCACCUCAGGGGUUCUCCACACCAAGUUCUGGGUCAUAGACAAGAAACACAUUUACAUCGGCAGCGCCAACAUGGACUGGAGGUCUCUCACGCAGGUGAAGGAGCUGGGAGCAGUCGUCUACAACUGCAGCUGUUUGGCGUCAGAUCUGGAGAAGAUCUUUGAAGCUUAUUGGUUCGUAGCAGAGACUGAGUCCAUCCCUUCACCGUGGCCAUCCAGCUUCUCCACUCUGUACAACAAGGACACGCCUCUUCAGCUCCCACUGAACAGUACACCAUCCAGCGUUUAUCUCUCUAGUUCUCCUCCAUCCUUCUGCGCAGACGGCAGGACUCAGGAUCUUCAGUCCAUUCUGAGCGUGAUGGAGGAUGCAGAAAAGUUCAUCUACAUCGCUGUCAUGAACUACCUGCCCACUACAGAGUUUUCACAUCCUAAAAGGUACUGGGCAGACAUCGACACACAGCUGAGGCGAUCGGCAUACGAGAAGAAGGUCCAUGUGCGUCUGCUGAUCAGCUGCUGGCAGCACUCUCCACCUGUCAUGCUUCCCUUCCUGAAGUCUCUAGCUUCAGUUCACGACUUCAGAAACAAACUGGACAUCCAGGUGAGGCUGUUUGUGGUUCCCGCCGACCCGAGCCAGAAAGAGAUUCCUUUUGCAAGAGUGAACCACAACAAGUACAUGGUGACCGACAAAGUAGCAUACAUAGGGACGUCUAACUGGUCGGGGGACUAUUUUCUGAGCACGGCCGGUUCCGCACUGAUCGUAAACCAGACGGGGUCCUGGUCACCAAACCCAACCGUCCAAUCCCAGCUGAAGGCUGUCUUUGAACGGGACUGGCACUCGGCCUACAGCACCCCUAUCACCCACAGCUCAAACCUCAAACACUUCUGUUAGUUUCUACAGCCAGCGUUACACUUUCAUAUCAGCACUCAUUUGCACAUGUAAAGCAUUCAGAUUCUCUGGCAUUUUGCACCUGCGUGGAGAACAACUGCACUAACAGUGAACGGUGGAUCUGAGGAGAUGAAUACACAGAGCUUCGCAAAAGUAUUUGUACUCCUUGAACAAAUUUUUCACAUUUUAUAUCGUUACUCCCACAAACCUUAAUGUAUUUCAGGGGUUUUAUGUGAUAGACCAAAGGAAACGGUAUAUCUCAGCUUUACAUCUCUAGAGACAGCUUAACCCAUUCUUCUUGUAAAAACAGCUCAAACUCAGUCAGAUUAAAUAGUGAGAAUUUGUGAACCUUAGUUUUCAAUUCUUGCCACAGAAUCACUUUUGCAUUUAGGUCUGGUCUUUGACUAGGCCAUUCUAGCACAUGAAUAUGCUUUGACCUAUAUCAUUCCAUCAUAGGUGAAUGUUUGGGACCGUUGUCAUGGAAGGCGAAGCUCCGCCCCAGUCUCAAGGUUUCCUUCAUCCAGCUAUCUUUCCAUUAACUCUGAUAAGCCUCCCAGUCUUUAAAGGAGAAAAGCGUCCCCACAGCAUGCUGCUGCCGCCACCAUGUUUCACCGUCGGGAUGGUGUGUUCAGGGUGAAAUGCAGAGUUAGUUUACCGGCACACAAAGUUUUCCACGAUUGCCAAAGAACAGCCAUGUUUUGUUGCAGUUGUUCCAUGCUCCUCCAUGUUCUGAUGAUGGAUUGAACUGAGCUCUGUGAGAUGUUCAAACCUUGGGAUGUUGUUUUAGAACCCAACCCCUCCAAAACAUUCAACAGAAACAGAACAGCUGGAUUUAUAUGGAGUUAAAUUUGUCUCAAUAUUAUUCAAUCAAACAAAAAACUAAUCUCAAUCAAAAAAAUAUUAAGUUGUGAUC